AUGAAUAUUUAUUUGAAAGAGAAACCAAUUUGUGUAAAUCUGUACGUGAAAGCAAGUACUUACUACAACAGAUUCAUAGAUGUUAACCUUGAUAUUAAGGCAAGGAUUGGAUUUUCAGCUGAUGAACAUUCAACAUCUGAAAAUGAAUGGAUUGAUAUAUUUAGUUGUAAAACAGCACCAAGAUUAGAGAUCGUUAAAUUAUUCAAACAAUUGAAAUUAGACGAAAGAGUACUUGAUAAUACUCCUACUUGGGAAUCAUUUGGCUUUUUAAAUACUGAGUUUCCAGAGUCAAUCAGAAAGGACAAACAUUUCCUAUGGUUCUGCGAUUCAUUUCUUUCUCAAAUUCCAACCCCAUUUGAUUUCAUUUUUCAAUACGCUCCAAACUCAUAUCUGGAUUAUCUGUAUGCUGUAACUGAUGAAGAUAUUGGAGAAAUCUAUGAUUAUUCAAGUAGUAGUACAGAAGAAAUUUAG